CUGGUUUCCAAACCGAGCAGCACAUUAUACCACUAAUCACACACACUACCCACCACCAUCAUGGCAACCCUCCUCUUCAGCUUCGGCGGUCUCUUCCAAGUCUCCGUCCUCCUCAUAAACUCCCUCGCAGUCCUCUCCGAAGACCGCUUCCUCGCACGAAUCGGCUGGGGUUCCUCCCAACAACAACAACAAUUCGAACCGAGCUUCGGCGGAGGAGGAGGCAUGCAAGACCCGACAUCGCUCUCGGCAAAAAUGAGCAAUUUGAUCAAUUCCGUGCGAACCCUGAUGAGGAUUCCUCUGAUCUUUUUGAACGUUCUGAUUAUUAUCUGGGCGGUGGCUUUUGGAUGAGGUUUGAGAAAUGGGGCGCUGGGGGGAAGUUCAUCAGUUACAAAAGAGAGGGAGAGAGGAGGCCAGAGAGAGAGAGGAGAAGAGGGAGAGAGAGAGAGAGAGAGAUUGAGGAGUGGAGAGAAAGAGAAAAAGGAUAUAAUUAUGGCAUGACAUGGCAUGGGAUGGAUUGAGCGGUGCACGUGAAGAUGAGGAUGAAAGAUGAAAGAUACCCAAGACACGCGCCGCGGAGGAGGAUAUGCCAUGCCCUGCCCUGCAAUGCCACGAUAAGCAAUACCAAAGACAAAGAGGUCAAGUUCAACAAGGAUACCCUCAUGCAAAAAAGCAUAUGAGCUUUCACUAUGGAAGAUAAGAGAUGGAGAUGACGCGCAAUCAGCAACAAGUACAGGAUAUCACAGCCGAGAGGGAGAAGGGGGGAGAGAGGAAACGGAGAGAGAGAG